AUGGGCUCCGGUCUCAAGUACCGGGCGGGGCUGUGCCUGAUUGUCGCCGUCGUGCUCAUCUGGGUCAUCUCCGCGGAGGUCACGCAGGGGAUAUUCACAAAGUACAAACAUCCGUUUGCAAUUACUUACUUGGGAGCCUCCCUUAUGGUCAUAUAUCUCCCCUUGUCAUUUCUAAAAGACUUUAUAUACAAUUCAAUGAGACAGCAUUCUGGAAACACCGGUGCUUCAAAAAUCACAAGCAAAUCUUCCUUUGGCGGUAGUGCCCCUUUGAAGAAUGGUGAAUUUCAGAAGAUGUUGGAAAUGGAGUCACAGAAAACUAUAGUGAUUCCUGUAGUUGAAGAGACGAAACCACUUAUUUACGGAAUCACUGAAAUUAAUGAUGGCAUCUUGAAGGAGAAGCAGCUUUCCACUAAGGAGAUUGCAACUUAUGGACUGUAUCUUUGUCCCUUGUGGUUUGUGACAGAGUAUUUAUCCAAUGCAGCGCUUGCAAGAACUAGUGUUGCCAGUACCACUGUACUGUCUUCAACUUCAGGACUCUUCACUCUUUUCAUUGGUGUUUUACUUGGCCAAGACUCCAUAAAUGCUGCAAAAAUUAUUGCUGUUUUCAUUAGCAUGGCUGGUGUCGUCAUGACAACUAUGGGGCAGACUUGGGCAUCUGAUGAAUCAGAAGUAGGCAAAUCUGGGGCUACAGAGAGGACUCUUCUAGGUGAUAUGUUUGGUCUUAUGUCAGCGAUCGCAUAUGGUCUGUUUACUGUGCUUCUCAAAAAAUUUUGUGGAGAGGAAGGAGAAAAGGUUGAUGUCCAAAAACUGUUUGGUUAUCUUGGACUUUUUAGUCUUGUUGCUCUCUGGUGGCUUGUCUGGCCAUUAACCGCACUAGGCAUCGAACCAAAGUUUUCAAUGCCCCACUCAGCUAAAGUGGAUGAAGUUGUGGUGGCAAAUGGCCUAAUCGGAAGUGUAUUAUCAGACUACUUCUGGGCUCUUUCUGUUGUUUGGACUACUCCCUUGGUGGCCACCUUAGGCAUGUCUCUCACAAUUCCACUAGCAAUGGUUGCUGACAUGAUCAUUCAUGGUCGUCACUAUUCAGCAGUAUAUAUUCUUGGUUCUGUCCAGGUGUUUUCAGGCUUCGUUAUUGCAAACCUCGCUGAUCGCUUUUCACGUUCUCUAGGUCUAUAGCUUCAUGAAAUAAAACUUGUCCUUAUUAGAGUGUACAUCUGGAAGUUCAAAGUUUGGGUUUGUUAGACAAAGACCCCAGAAAACUCUGGUCUCUAGUUUCAUGCGGAUUGGGAAAUACCAGAAGCACUUCUUUUCCCUUUGCCCCAUGGCCAUGGGGAUGGUGAAUUUUGCCGACGUAUAGUGAAAACCAGCAGAUGGAAGAAAGAUACAGUAUGUUGUAGCAACCCUUCACAACUGUAAAUUCUCUCACCACAGAAUGCUUGUCGAUGUAUACUACCGUGGUUCUCGGCCAUGUCCACAGACUUUGCAUGCUUGCAAAGGCAAUGUUCCUUGAUUCCUUGUCAAUUUGA